ACGAAUGAUGGAUGGGUUUGAUGGAUUUGACAGGCUACAAAACUGCGGCGUGGAUUUAUGGUUAAAGAAUUCCAAGAUAGAUAACUGUUGCUUGCUGCUUGUAUAUUGUUUCACAUCUUUUAUCAUAAUAUUUUGUAAGAUUUAACACAGCAGGUGCUGAUUGUAGUAAAAGUGGUGUAUGUCAAGAUAAUGUGCUGUAAUUCAAAAGUUUUGAGACAAAGUUUAUGCAUAUCAUUGUUCUUAGAGCUUAGCCGCGGGUUUCCCGUACGUGUUUUAUAGCAGAGGCUGAGAAGGUGGAAAUGGUGCCGUCAGUGUUAGUUUUGUAUGGAUCUAAAGAGAACUUUAUUUGAUUGUGUGGGAUAUAAACUUUAUUUAAAUAAGUUACAAGAUGUAUCCAACGCCGACGCGGCACCCGUCGGGUUCUGUGAGGGGUCCCCAGCCUUCAGGUGGACCUAUAAAGUUCACUAUAGCGGACACUUUAGAGCGUAUUAAAGAGGAAUUUAACUUUUUACAAGCACAGUAUCACACAUUAAAAUUAGAGUGUGAAAAAUUAGCCAGUGAGAAAACUGAAAUGCAAAGGCACUACGUUAUGUAUUAUGAAAUGUCUUAUGGCCUUAAUGUCGAGAUGCAUAAACAAACGGAAAUAGCGAAGCGCCUGAGCGCCAUCAUCGGGCAGGUGCUGCCGUUCCUGGCGGGCGAGCACCAGCAGCAGGUGGCGGCGGCCGUGGACAGAGCUAAGCAGGUCACUAUGUCUGAACUUAAUGCUAUUAUCGGGCAACAACAACAACACGGCCUCCAGCAACUGCUUCAACAGAUCCACGCGUCAGCCGGUUUGCCGCAUGGAGUUGGUGCUGGGGCCUUGUUGGGCGCAGGGGGCCUUCUCUUCCCCAGCGCGGGGCCCCCACCGGCCCCACACCUUCCACCGCCUGCGCAUAAGGUGGAACUGCCUCCCCCCUCGGAUAUAAAGCCGCCCGUGUUACCGGGCGGGCCUGCCCCUCCACCCCUUUUACCCGGACAACCUCCCCCUCGGGAAGAUGACCGGAUCUCCUCCCGAGCAAUGAACCAGCAGCAACAAAGACGCUCAGUGUCACCGCACGAGCGCGAACAGAAGUACCGGCCGCGGUCGCCCAAUGAGCCGGAAGCUUUAGACGCCAAGAGACGGAAGGAGGAGAAGGUCGGCCAUGUGAGUCUGUGUAGUGACAGUGAUGCUGAGAAAAGCGACCAGGACCUAGUUGUUGAUGUGGCGAAUGAGGAGGAAAGAGGAUCUCCAAGUGUGAGGACGGAAGCUGGCGAGAGGACUGAGAACGGCCCGCGGCCGCCCUCGAGAUCUGGCUCUUCAUCCAGUCGCUCCACACCUAAAAGUUCAAAAGACGAAAAGCCCGGUACGCCAGGGUCAAAAAACCGCGCGCCCACGCCCACGGGGCGGUACGCGUUUCCAGCCUACGCGGGGUACAAUAGACCUCCCUUGCCCUAUGACGGAUCCAUGGCCCGGACGAACGGCAUGCCGCCCGCUAAACCUGCGUAUUCGUACCACACAUGCGGCGGUCCGCUCCAACCCGUGCCGUUCCCAGCGGACGCGCUAGUGGGGCCAGGGAUCCCGCGGGGCGCGCGAGUCGUGGCCGCGUUGCCGCACGGGGAGGUAGUGUGUGCCGUGGCGUUGUCGCUGAGCAACAGCGCGAGGCACGCCUACACCGGGGGCAAGGGCUGCGUCAAACUGUGGGACAUCACCAACCCAGGCUCGCCCACCACGCUAGAGCCGUUGUCGCAGCUGGAUUGUUUGCAAAGGGAUAACUACAUAAGAUCAGUGAAGUUACUACCGGAUGGUCGGACAUUAUUAGUGGGUGGUGAAGCAUCCAACUUGUCAAUAUGGGACCUAUCAUCACCCACUCCGAGAAUGCGAGCAGAACUAACCUCGUCCGCGCCCGCGUGUUAUGCUCUCGCUAUCAGUCCAGAUUCCAAGGUAUGCUUCAGUUGCUGUUCAGAUGGCAAUAUAGCGGUAUGGGAUCUCCACAAUCAAACGUUAGUUAGGCAAUUCCAAGGUCACACGGACGGGGCAUCGUGUAUAGACAUAAGUCCAGACGGCACGCGGCUAUGGACUGGUGGCCUCGACAACACGGUGCGAUCCUGGGACUUACGGGAAGGCAGGCAGUUGCAUCAGCACGAUUUCAACAGUCAGAUCUUCUCGCUAGGAUACUGUCCUACUGGUUCCUGGCUAGCGGUAGGCAUGGAAAACUCCCACGUGGAAGUGUUACACGCGGGCAAACCUGACCGCUACCAGUUGGUGCUACACGAGUCAUGCGUGCUCUCGCUGCGGUUCGCGGCCGCGGGGAAGUGGUUCGUCUCUACCGGGAAAGACAACCUCCUCAACGCGUGGCGGACACCCUACGGGGCUAGCAUAUUCCAGACUAAAGAAUCAUCAUCGGUGCUCAGUUGUGAUAUAUCGGCGGACGAUAAGUUUAUAGUGACAGGUUCAGGUGAUAAGAAAGCGACAGUGUACGAAGUAAUGUACUGAUACAGUGAAGUGCAAUGCAGUGAUAUAAGUGAAGUGAAAAUCUCAAUAGGCGGUAAAGAUGGGGUUCAUACUCUCCAGUGUGGAGGUCACACCCAUGUGAGUGUGACGGUGGGUCGAAAUAAAUGGUCUAUCACAUGAAAA